AGUCAAAACAGAAUGUUCAAAUUAAACUCAGUUUUAACCGUUAUAACAAUAACAUUACUCUAUGUAAAUACUGCAUCAGCUGAAUGCUCUGAUGGUAAAAGUAUUUGUGAAUGGACUUACUGGAAACCUUGGAGUGAAUGUCCUAGGACGUGUGGGGGUGGAACCAGACAUAGGUCGAGAAAACUUUGCUGCAAGACUUCAUGGUCAUAUGAUGAGUGCUUAAAUAAGUGUGACCACCUCGAAAGUGACUCAAUUGAUUCGGAAACUUGUAAUGGAAUAUGCUACAAUGGGGGUAACUUCAGUUCAAAAUGUGUAUGUAAAGACCCAUACUAUGGGUCUUGUUGUCAAACAGUAUGCCCAGCAAUCACCAAUUGUAUAGACAGAAGCUGCACAACAUCCUCCAAUGUCUACUGCAAGGAGUGUAAAGACAACAAUGUCUUCUUCAAGCUUUACAACGAGGACAAAGAAUGUCAGCGGAUGUGUUCCUGGAACAACCACUACUGUUGGCCAGGGAGCUGCAGAAAUGGUCUUACUAAGGACUGCUCGUGCGCAGCGGGGUUUAGCAUUGUUUCAGAUUCUUGGGAAACAUCAUGUCAACCAACUAAAAAACCAUCUAUCUUAACAUGUGACACUGUGGUUAUUGGACCAAACGGUGAAAAGAAGAGAGCAAUGUCAUCGAGCAGUUCAACCGCGUGUCAGGAUUUACAAGAUAUGUAUGGAAACUAUCAGCCGACGACGGUGAAGUUUGAUUUGAGCUCUGAAUACACAAUUUACAUUCCCAGCUAUUUGAGCCGCCCUUCAUAUAUUGUUGAAGAAAGGUUCGGAAUAACGGACGUAACAGUAUAUAUGCAACGCCAAUCCGUAUCAGGUUCGCUAACAACUUUAUCAACAAACAGACGAUAUUCGAGCAAGUAUGUUAGGAACAACUUUGAUGAUUCACAUAGGCUAACGACUACAUACACACUCGCCAAUGGCCAGGCGUUGUGUUUAAAAUACGAAGUUAAAGGUGGUGGUUACUUGAAAGCCAAAGAUACGAGAACCCACACUGAUGACAGCGCUAAACCUUACCAAAAAACCGUGAAACAACAAACGGUUUGCUAUCGGUUUGACAAUCAACCACCUGAACACUGCUCAAAACUAUCGAGAUGUGGCUCUGAACCUCUCCAUCUCGACAAACAGAUAACGCGAUCAUAUCUCCACAACGUCGAGUUUCACGGUUGGAUUGAUCCUGUUCCACCAAGGGGAGCCUCGCAUACAGCUUCAUCCAUUGAGAGCUACGAAAUUCGGGUAAAUGAGGUUAUGCCAUCGAAAGGGACAUUAAAGGUAAAUUACUUAUCAAACGUUGUAUGCUCAAAGGUUAAUCACCCAAUCACAAACAUGAAUGAUCUAAAUCUAAUCUCGGACGCACCAAGGCUCUAUUGUUUUACACUGGAGGUUAAGGAUGUUGCGGACAAUGUCCGACAGUGUCGCCGUUUUGUUCUCUACGACAACACUUCGGCCAUUCGAAUCUGGACUGACAAACCUUUCAGAUGUACAUCCGCAUCGCCUGCUACAGAUUACACGUGGCAAACGCAUCAUAAUAAUGUCUGCAUAAGCUGGAAAGAUUACUUUUACAACGAUUUCUACAUACAUAAUGAACUUCUGAAUCCUAUUGAGCCCGCCCCGCACGGUCUCAUUACCGGGUCAUACGAGCAAUUGAAUGGAGACAUAUCUGUCUUUGGGACAUCAAAUGUAUAUGGCAUAAUUGCAUACCAUGUAUCGUGGAGCCUGAAUCAUGGUUUAUUCUCAGCAGAAAAACCUGUACCCUCCUUCACGAACCAAUCAUUUUGCAAAGAUUUGAAUGUUAAAGACGGAGAUACAUACACACUGAAAGUAAAGGCUAUUGAUAUAGCUGGAAAUACCCUUAGCGAUAACCGAACUGUAUACAUUGAUCGUUCAACGCCACAUCUUAAUAACAUUUGGCUUGAGCAAGAUGGAUACGAAAUGUUGUAUGUACAUAAUAGCACGGACCUGUCCAAAAUGAAGAUGACGUUCGAUGCACUUGAUCCACACAGUGGCUUAUCUAAAAUACAUUGGACGUUUGGAAUAUCCGACACCAUGACCGAGCUUCUAAGUGAGCACCUAGCUAUUAGGACCAUAAAUGAUUCAUGCACAACCGCAAAGUGCUACUGUCCGGACAUUGGUGAAUGUGCCUUUUUCAACUACACAAUACCACUCAACAAACUAAACAUUAAGGACUUACAUAUAGGCAAUCACAAUAGAAACUAUUAUUUCACCAUAAAAGUAACAAACAUGGCCGGGCUUUCCACAACGGAACACAUUGAUGUGCUUGUUGAUGAGUCGCCUCCUUCAGAGGGUGUUGUUCACGAAGGUCCAGAAGAUUCUCCAGAUAUUGACUAUACAAGUGGCGAUUCCAUUCUCGUGCACUGGCAUGGUUUUAUUGACCACGAGAGCGGCAUCAAACUGUACAGAGUUGGAUUGUCCGACAGAUGUAUGAGUACACAAGACUUGUACAACUUAACAGAAGUACAAAGUACUAAGAUUUUCAAGGAGCUUCCUUUCACGGAAAAGUCAGUCCGAGUACCAACGACUUUUACCGGAAAGCGAUUUGUGACUGUGAUUGCCAUAAAUAAUGCGAUGGAACCCUCAAAACCUGCGUGUUCCGAUGGCAUAACCCGUGACCUUUCGCCGCCAGAAUUUAGAAAUAUGACGUUAAAGCAUGGUUCAUUGAAAGAAAGCCUACUUUGUUUACACGGCAAAGUAUAUUUAAUGCAGGAAAACAUGCACAGCGAAAUACUGCACAACACAUCCAAUUGCCGUAGUGUUUGUGCUGCCAAUGUGGAAUCGCAUAAGGUUGCCGAAAUAUAUCCGAUACAUGAAGCUAAAGGAAAGGAUGAAGAUAUGUCUUCGUUUCUUUGUGGACACAAACCCAUGUACACAAAAGAAACAGUCAUCUAUCUUCCCAAUGACAAUAUAUAUGCCACUUGGGAUAUUGAGGAAUACGAAAGCCAAAUUGAAGAUUUCUUCGUUGGAUUAGGAUUGAGUUCUACUCAAACAGAGAGCCCGUCCAUUGUAGAUUAUCAGUCUACACAAAAGAAAACUUUUUUCAAACGUAAACAUGAAGGCAUAAAUUCCGACGAAUUAUUCUACAUUUUCGUGAAAGUAAUCAAUAAAGCUGGUUUGGAGAGAAUCGCAACAAUAGGUCCGCUACUCAUUGAUCAAACUCCGCCUUUGAAUGGAACCCUUCCUCAAGUUAUUGUUGAAUCUGAGCACAUCGUAUUUGAAUGGGAUAGCAAAACUUUCUAUGAUGAAGAGCAGACUGCACAAAUCGAUCAAAUAUAUUUCCAAAUUGCACAUGACGCUAUUGCUGUUACACCGUAUCUGAAAUGGCGUCUAGACACAUCACCCCCGUGCCCUUCGUACUCUGGUGGAUGCUUUAGAUAUUCCCUACGCCAUUUACAGUUACAAGAUACGGAUAAUAACCUCGAGUUUUACAUUAACAUGCAUGUGUACAACAAUGCCGGUCAUUAUCUUUCUCUAGAAAGUCAACCCUUUCAGCUCCCAUCAAGAUAUCCUCCCGGACAAACUGUUAUAUCUGAUAUAGAUCCCGCAGUAAAUAACAGUGAUAUGGACGUUGACGCUCAUUUCACGACGCAAGUGUUAUGUGCAAGAUGGAAAGAUUUUUUACAUCACGAGAAUUUAACUUUAGAAGUAGGAGUAGGACUAUCAAAUGCUACUGAUGACGUGAUAAACUUUCAACUCAUAAGCAACAGCAACUCGUAUUGCAUACACUCAAUUGAUAUCCGAUCAAAUAUCAAAUACGUUUUUUUGCUAAGGUCAUCCAGCACCGGAGGAAUCUCUGUUUCUUUUUCUGAUGGCAUAAUGGUUUUAGAUAAAGAUGAAAUAACGCAUUCACUGUCCGUCAGAAUUGGGUAUGACUGUUCCAUUGAAGUUGCAAAUACAUACGAUGUUACCUUAGCAAACAACCCACCGCGUUUGACAGUUCUAAAACCGCUGCUUGUCGGCCAACGUUAUAUCAUCAACAUUCCAAACAAAGCAGUUGUAACUUCAGACGAUGGAAUUGUUUCAACAGAGGGCAAGGACACCUUCAUUAGACCAUUUGUAAACAGACCGACUUUGUUUAUAGAAGUUGAACAUUCAUUAAUUGUGGGUGACAUUUUAGGUUUCAAAUUAACAUUAUGCCCAGUUAAUCACGUUCUUUUUCCAACUAAACAACUUGUGGUUAGCUGGAAGUUUGCCGAUCAACAUCUCGCUUCUCUCUACAAAAACGCUAAACUAGCAUUCAGUGUUGGCGUCAGUGAAAACGCAGAUCAAAACAGGACGUAUGUUGUAUCUUUCCAAACGCGUAUCGAUUGCAACUAUUCAAUUUUAGAAGAAUUUUACUUUCUAGCCAACAAGAAGUAUGUAGCUGAAGUACAGGUAUGUUCAAAACUGGAAUGCAUAAAACCGGUACAUUCGAAUGAAUUCUCUAUUGAGCGGCUGAAACCAGUUUUGCAGAUAAACGAAGCAUCUUUAUUGCUUGGGGAUACGUGUAUCCGUAUCAAAUUACAUUGGUCAAUUGAGGACAAAUAUAUUAGUAUGGCAUUCUAUCAAUGGACUUUAGCUCAGGACGAAGAGGGUCGGAAAACACUUCUCACUUGGAGAUCAAUUGCUAAUGACUCUAUCGAUUUAACGGUUGAAGACUGUGUUGUACUGCCCGUCCAUGGACUUAUUUCUUCAUAUGCUUGUAUUAAAGCAUUCUCAGUUAGCGGACAAUUAUUGAGUAGAUGCAAAAGGCUAGCAAAGUUGGACUUUGGAACUUACGAUGCAAAUGUUGUUUACGACUUUGAUACAAGAUCGGAAUCCUGGACGAAAAUUAAAUCGAUAAUUCACAGUUCGGAUGUUGGCGACAUGUAUACGUUCUUACAUGACAACGAACUUGACUUUGGAACUCGUAAAUUUAGGCCAGCCGCAGCAGUUAUGCACGCGAAUGAGCGUAACGUAUCUUGGUAUUUGAUGACAUCAAGACAUGUACCCGAUAGUUGCGACACAGAUGUAUCAUGUUUAAAAGAAAAGCUCACAUCGGAUGGUUUUGCUAUUUUCAAAGAAACCGAUGUGUUUCUUGACGCAACAUUCUAUAUGUGCGUUUCCUCGAACGCGACGGUUGUUGAAAGGGAGUGGUAUACAGAAUCACUUGACGAAAUUAAGUCUUGCAGUGACGGAUUUAUUUUAGACAACACUGCCCCCAUCCCUGGUAAUAUUGAUAUUCAAAACGUCAAUGGGUAUAUAACUGACAUUGAACAUGCUGUUAUCACAUGGGAUUCGUUUCAUAAAGAAACAGGGGCCACUCUUCUAGGAUAUCCAGAGGACAUACAACAUUACUCCAUCGGCGUCGGCUCCAGUCCGAAUCGAGACGAUAUUUUUUCGUUUCGUAACACAGGACGAGAAAGGGCUGUCAUGUUAGCUCUAACUGGCGUUGUUGAUGGCACUGCUGUUUAUUUUACUGUAAACGGAUCUGACCAUUUUGGACUUUCUUCAGUGGUUGUUUCCACAGAGUUGGUCACGGACACAUCGCCACCAACGGAGGGAAUUAUUCACUUUGACCAACACCAUGCAUAUUACAGCAGUGACACAAUAAGCAUAAGACUUGUUGGGUUUCAUGACGAUCACAGCGGUAUUAGUCAUUACAACGUCGGAAUCGGAUCGAGCAGCAUCAUGGUCGAUACCUUAUCUAUGACAAAGUAUUAUACAGAUCAUUUCAAUAUUGAUCUUCAUUAUUCGAAUAUCCUAGAAGGCCAUGAAUACUUUAUUUUGGUGCAGGCGAUCAACAGGGCAGAUAUUCCGAGUGCAAUCGUGUCAAAACGAUUUGUCUUAGAUAGAACACCACCUCAUGGAGGACACGUUUUGGAUGGAAACUGGGAAAGCAAGGUAGACCUUGACUAUCAAUCAGACAUAUACACGAUCCAUGCCAACUGGAAAGGUUUCUCAGACAUUGUAAGCGACAUAGACUAUUUCAGUGCAGGACUUGGAACAUCCCACUUCGCUACGGACGUGCGGUCGUUUACAAACGUUGGGUUGGAGCAAGAUAUUUUUUGGAAUGGUCCGUUUAUUCCGGGAGAUAAAUAUUAUACAACAGUAGAAAGCUGUAAUAAAGCUGGCCUUUGUACACAAAGAUCGUCAGAUGGAAUAAUACUGGACAAUUCCCCACCAAUUAUGGGUCGUGUACAAGCAGGGUCUGGUAUCCAUCACAGCAGAUAUGUGCCAUUAAACACCUCACUGAAACUACAGUGGGCUGGAUUUCAGGACCCUCAGUCAGAUAUCGAUCAUUUUGAAGUGUGUUUAGGACGACAGAAAAACAUGUGUGACAUUGUUCCGUCAUCCAAUGCCCUUCUACACUCUUAUAUGAUAAAGUCUAGUAUAGCUCUGCCCAUAAAUCAGCCAUUUUUUGCAACUGUUUGGGCCUUCAAUGGAGUCGGAAUGAAGGUUUCAAGUGCAUCCGAUGCGAUUUUCGUGGACAUUACAGCUCCGUACAACAAAAUAAAACCUUCGAUAUUGCUUGAUUAUAACACUGUAAAGGAUAAAAGCGCUCAAUGGGAAAAGUCAAUUAUUAGAGUUACUUGGGAAUUUUUAGACGACGAAAGCCCGAUACUUAACCACGAGUUAUCACUCUUUACCCAUCAUGAAGGACACACACCAGUUGAAAAAAUACAUCUCGGGUCGGAAAAACACUUCACUAUUAACUUAGAUGGAAGGAAAUGGCUGCAUAAUGGUGACACAUAUUUUGUUGUCAUUACUAGUUGUAACGCAGCAGGGCUUUGCUCAACAGAGAGAACAAAUGAUAUUCUUAUCGACUCUACUCCACCUCACCAGGGUGGUCUGAAACCACAAAUGCUUUGGGAAAAUUAUAGAGAUACCAGUGGAAUCCACUCCAAAAUCUCAUUGACUUGGUAUGGUUUCUACGAUCAGGAAUCUUGAUAGAUAUUUUAUGACUGUUUCAA